CGUAACCACCGCGGUAGCCGCCACCACGCCCCUGCCUCUGGGAGUUGAAGUUUCCGACGGAGGAUUCCUGAGCGGUGUCGAGGAACACUCCAGAAAGGCUUAUCUCUGCGAGCGUUCCUGCUCCCCAUCAACACCUCAGCAAGAGGCACCAAAUGUCAUCUGAAAUGUCACCAGCAUUUAUCGAGACUUCUAAUGUUGAAAGAAAGGAAGACUUAGGUGAAGGUCAAGAGGAGAGCCAGAAGCCAGAAGGUGAAGGGGUUGAACCAAUAUCUAAACGACAAAUGAAGAAGCUAAUAAAACAGAAACAGUGGGAGGAACAACGAGAACUCCGCAAACAAAAGCGGAAAGAAAAACGCAAGAGAAAAAAAUUAGAGCGACAAUGUCAACUGGACUCAAACUCAGAUGGAAAUGACAGAAAACGUGUGCGAAGACAUGCUGUUCACAGCACACUCCGCCUUGUCAUUGACUGCAGUUUUGAUGACUUGAUGGUAUUAAAGGAUAUUAAAAAACUUCAUAAGCAGAUUCAACGAUGUUAUGCAGAAAACCGACGUGCACUGCAUCCUGUGCAGUUUUACUUGACAAGCCAUGGAGGCCAGCUGAAAAAGAAUAUGGAUGAAAGUGACAAAGGAUGGGUCAACUGGAAGGAUAUCAACAUCAAAUCAGAGCACUAUACUGAACUCAUUAAAAAAGAAGACUUGAUUUAUCUGACAUCAGACUCACCUAAUGUCCUGGAGGAAUUAGAUGAAUCAAAGGCUUAUGUGAUUGGAGGAUUAGUAGAUCACAACCAUCACAAGGGAAUCACAUAUAAACAAGCAUCAGAUUAUGGAAUUGACCACGCACAGCUUCCCCUUGGAAAUUUUGUGAAGAUGAAUAGUAGAAAAGUUUUGGCUGUUAAUCAUGUGUUUGAGAUUAUUCUGGAAUACCUAGAAAGAAGAGAUUGGCAAGAAGCAUUUUGCACCAUUUUACCCCAACGGAAAGGAGCUGUUCCUACAGACAGAACCUGUGAAAGUUCUCGGGAAGAGCAGUCUGCCCAGGCUGAAGAUGGAUCAGACAGUGAUUCCAGUGAGGGGGAGGACAGCAGAAAUGAAGCAGAUUCACCACAUGCAGAAGAAAAGCAGGAUAAGGAAAACAGCACUGAAUCUACAGUGAGUGUGGUAUCACACUAAUGUUAUCUGUUCUUUUAGGUCAGGGAAAAAUUAGGAGAAAGUAAAGUGCUUCCUAUCCUAGGAUAUUCAGAUUGGAAGAAAAUUUAUUUUCUCAUUUCUGUUGCAAAUUUCAAAAUUAUUUUAGGGUUAAAGGAUAGUAAAAUGUUCUUUAAACUCUGUAAGAAAGACAUUUUUGUUUUUGCAAAAGAAGAAUUAAAUACACAGGUUUUUCUUUUUUAUAAUUUUUUUUAAAGCUUCCCAAGUUUCUAGAGAAUCGUAUGUGGUUAGCAUGCCUUAAUUCUCUUUCAUUUACUGGAUUGCAGUCUUCCAAAUGUUCCUUCUGACCUUUGAGUUUUCCUAGUUCAUGUUCAUAUCUUUGUCUUUCUGAUCUGUUGUUCCUUAUUUGUGGGGGCAGGUACUCACACAUAUCCUGCAAGUUUACCAGGAUCUUGUGUAGGGGAGGUUACCCUCCACGUGCAGGUUUUUUAUUUACUUUAGUCUUGAAAAAGAAAGUGUUUUAAGAAGUAUCAGCUUGAUAGACUCAACAAUUCAUUUCGUUUGGACUAUAGAACCCAUAUGUGUUUCUUCUUUGUGAUGCCUUCUCUUGGUUUUGAAGUAAUCAUUGAAGAGUUGAGAAUCUCUUUAAUACCUCUUUUGCAUUUCUAUUAUGGUGAUAAAUUAUUUUAAUUACAAAAUUGAAUUUUUGCAAGCUAGAUUAUUUUAUAAGGCUGCUACUUUUGAGGGAUCAAUUUUGUCUUUACCUGAAUUUAAAAUGAAAUAGCUCUUAGCAGCUAACAUUUCUUUUUAUAGAUUUUUUUUUACAACAAAGUAUUUGUUGGCUCUUAAAGUGAAUAAAGCUUAAGUGUGCUUCAGCCUCUUAUAUAAUAAUAUUUAAAUUAAUGUACAUGUAUAUUUCUUAAAUAAUGACACACAUGAAAAUAUGCAUAUUAUUGUAUUCACAUCUUUCCAUAUCAUGUAUGGUUCUUAGUUAUUGGUGGAUAAUAAGAUUGAUUUGUAUCAUUUAUGUGAGCAGUUGUGUUGAAAGCACUGAGACCAAUUUGAAUUUCAUUAAGUCCAAAAAUUCCUAAAUAAGCAUUUGCAUGGAAAGAUAGUGCUGGAGGAUGUAGCAAAAGGGUGCUGUUUCGGGGCCAGCAUUGUGGCACAGAGGGUAAAACCGCCUCCUGUGAGGCUGGCAUCCCAUAUGGGCACCAGUUCAUAUCCUAGCUGCUCCACUUCUGAUACAGGUCCCUGCUAAUGGCCUGGGAAAAGCAGUGGAAGAUGGCCCGAGUAUUUGGGCCCCUGCCACCCAUGUGGGAAACCCAGAUGAAACUCCUAGCUCCUGACUUCAGCCUGCCCAGGGCUGACUGUUAUGGCCAUCUGAGGAGUGAACAUGUGAAUGGAAGACCUCUCUCUCUAUUUCAUUGUAACUCUGACUUUCAAAAAACAAAAUAAAUAAAUUAAAAAAAAAAAGGUGGAGUGCCGUUUCACUUUCUAAACAGGGAUUAAAGAAGUUACCUUUCAGGUGAAGUGCUUAUUCUUGCUCGCAGCAACAGUAGCAUUUCAGGAGACUGCUGAGUUUGGGUAAAAUAAGUCUCUGUUCCUAUUUGUUUCUUAAUGUACGAAUACUGCAUUUUAGAAAGUAUAUAACUAGCAAUAUAUAUAAAUUCUAUAUUAACUUACAUAUGCAUUGAGUAGAAAGAUUUUUGGAUUUAAUAUUGCAGUUAAUUAUCUUUUAUUUUUUGUUCUUUUAUUUUUACUAAUUGUUAUGCAUUUUAAUGAAGAUAUGUAAAUAAAUAAAGAUGAGCCUUGCAAUUCUAAAGAACAGAGCUUAUGUCUUAAGAUAUAUAUUUCAAAGGUUCAGAUUUUUUGGAGUAAGUGUGAUUUACCAACAUGGAAUAUUAUACCUUUUAUUUUGUAUGAAAAAGGCCACUGUUUAAUCAAGAAAGAUGAGGAAACAUCAUUACAGAUGUUGCAUAGCUUUCCACUAAUUAUAAAAAUACCUGGAUUAAUUUCUUAAUGGCUCUGUAACAAAUCACCACAAACUGGGUGGCUUAAAGCAACAGAAAUUUAUUCCCUAACAGUUUUCAAAGUGUCACAGGGCUAUGCACCGUCUGAGUGCUUGGGGAGUAAUCCUUCCUAGUCUCUUCCUAGCUGUUGGUGGUUACCCUCACACCCCAGGGUUCCCUUACUUGCAGCUGCAACUCUGUUGUCUCCGUUGUUGCCAGUGGUCUUCUGUCCUCUGUCUUCAGUAUCUGUAUCUGUGUCCAAAUUCCCCUCUCCUUGUAAGAAAAUCAGCGUUGGAUGAAGGUUGACCAUAAUCCAUUGUGACUUCAUCUUAACUUACGAUUACAUCUACACAGCCCCUAUUUGUAAAUAAGUAGCAGUCAAAGAUACUGGAUGUUAGGAAUUGCAUUGUUUGGGGGAACAUGAUGCUACCCACUGCAGGCCCAGAUCUAGGCUGUGGCAAAAGAACAUGACUACCUCUUUUGAACUAACUGAUUUAUAAAGUAUUUAAAGCACUGGUUUAAAAGAUAAGGGUUUUUUUUUUUUUCUCACUUCUGUGUGUCUUUUCCUCUCAGCAUUGUUUUGGUUUAUUUAGGUACUUUAGGAAGUAUUAAAGUAACUUGUGUUGAUAAAUUUAGUACUUAAGUAAAUGCAGCAAAAGGGACAUGUGCCUACUGAAAUAAUAGGAUUUCUCCUCAUUUACUUUCUUUAAUAAUCCUGUGGUUUUCAUUAAGCAAACUCAUUUUUAAGGGAAGGAGCAUUGUUCAGUUGGAUGCACCAGAUGCCAUUGUGUUCAUAUCUUGUAGCAUUUGAAAAUGAUCAGAACAGCAAUACAGCAACAACAACAAAACAAAAAGUAUGCAAUUCUUAGGAAGAAAUGUCUUUUAGGAGACUAGAUAACAAUGAUGAAACCAACCAAUUACUGACAAUUACAACGCAAAGUGAUACUUCACUGCAUAGAUGGAGAGUCCUUGAGAUGAUACAGAUAAAAAGCAAGAAUUGUCCAUAGAGCACCAAGAAUGUGUACAGACAACAGGUGUUAAAUGAGAUUGGUAAUAAAAAGAGAAAAGUGAUUAGAAUUAAUGGCAGCAAAGGCCUAUAGUAGUUAAACUUGGAUCUCAAUUUGCAUGUAGCUGUUUAUCUGUUUUCCUAGCUCAUUGCCAGAUACAUUGAAAAUUUUUUUAAGAUUUUUUUUUUUGAAACAACAGGGAGAGAGAGAUUUAUCUUCUAUCUGCUGAUUCUCUCCCCAAAUGUACACACACCUGGACACAGAUCUGUUCAACCACCCACACCAGUGUGCACACACCCAAGAAAUUUAUAGUACUGGCUGAGCAUCCCUGAUCCUAAAAUCUGAAAUCCAUAAUGCUCUAAAAUCUGCCACAUUUUAGCACCAACAUACUACAAGUGGAAAAUCCCACAGCAGAUCUCAUGUGACAGGCCAUAGGCAAAAUGCAGGCAUACAACCAAUACAGCAUAUUCAGCAUUCCUAAGGGGAAAAACUCUCACUCCUCAACUGUGAUUUAUCUUCUGUGUACAUGCCCAGAUUCCCCUAUGCAGCAUGUGAACAAAGGUAAUAAAAUGGCAUAUGUUCAGGCCAGACAUUCCCUAAAUCCACAUGCAUUACUCACUGUGCUUUUGUUUACUCUCUGUUCUGUGAUAGAAACAUGUUGAAAAUGUCAGAGAAAGGCAUGUGGUACAGCAGUAAAGUCGCUGUGAUGCCCACACCUUUAUCUGAAUAUGGUUUCGGUCCUGGCUGAUGUGCUCUGUUUCAGUUUUCUGCUAAGGCAUACCCUGGGAGGCAGCAGAUGAUGGCUCAAGUACAUGGAUCCCUGCCACCCAAGUGGGUGAUGCAGAUUUAGUUCCAGACUAGUGGGUGAUGCAGAUUUAGUUCCUGCCUAGCCCUGGAUUUUGUGGGCAUUUGAGGAGUGAGCCAGUAAUUGGAAGAUUUUCUCUCCCUCUCUCCCUUCCUCUCUCGCCCUCUCCCUUUCCCUCUCCCCACCCCCGUGUGUGUGUGUGUGUGUGUGUGUGUGUGUGUCUUCCUUUCAAAUGAAAGUUUUUCUUCCAAGUAAAAUAAAAAAAAAUAUAUUGUAAAGGCCUGAAGGUACUUCUGUUGUUAACAAGUGAUAAGAAAAGGAGGAAGCAUUUAUCUAUGCACAAAAUAUCAAGUUGUUAGAGAAUUGGACAGCAGUGUGAGUGUGAAAUUUCUUAUGGAAGAGUAUGGUAUUAGAAUGAACACUGUAUAUGACCUAAAGAAACAGGAUAAACUGUUGAAAUGCUUUGCAGAAACCAACAAGCCAAAGUUAAUGAAAAUUAGUAAAAUGCUGCAUAGAACUGUAAAUCAAGAUCUUAUCCAAGUAUUCAAAGGCUGAAUUCAUUAGUAUCUCAGUGAACACAUGCUCCUUAAUGGUAUGCUGGUCAGGAAAGAAUAAAAAUCUGUCAUGAUGAAUUGAAAAUUGAACGGGACUGGAUAUUCAACAGGCUGGUUGUGGCAUUUAAGAAAAGACAUACUGUUAAAUUGUUAAGGAUGUGUGGUGAUAAAGCAUCUGAUGAUCACAAAAUGGCAGAAAAAAUUCAUUUCUAAGUUUGCCAAGGUUAUUGCUUAUGGAAAUACAGUGCCAGAACAAGUGUAUAAUGCCAAUGAAACAUCACUGUUUUGGCAUUAUUACCCCAGAAAGAGACUGACUACAGUUGAUGAGACAGCACUAUGAGAAUUAAAGAUGCCAAGGACAAAAUAACUGUGCAGCAGGCACAAAUAAACAUAAACUUGCUAUGCAAGCAAAAGCUUGCAUCCUUGCUGUUUCAAAGGAGAAAAUUUCUUAGCAGUCCCUUAUUAUGCUAAUAAAAAAGGCAGGGAUCCACCAAAGGGUAUCUUUUUGAUUGUUUUCACAUUGUGUGCCAGCAGUUUGUUCUCACUGCAGGGAAGUGGUACUGAAUGAUGACUGCCAGGUUUUGUUAUUUUUAACAACUGUCCUGCUCAUCCUCCAGCUGAAAAUGUCAUCAAAAAGAAUGUUUAUGCCAUCUACUUUCUCCCAUAUGUCACCUCAUUCUUAUAGUCACGUGACCAGGUUAUCCUUAGAUCAAUGAAAAGUAAAUGUAAAAGCACUUUCUUGGGGGCUGGCUCCGUGGCUCACUUGGUUAAUCCUCUGCCUGUGGCGCUGGCAUCCCAUAUGGGCUCUGGGUUCUAGUCCUGGUUGCUCCUCUUCCAGUCCAGCUCUCUGCUGUGGCCUGGGAAGGCAGUGGAGGAUGGCCCAAGUCCUUGGGCCCCUGCACCCGCAUGGGAGACCAGGGGGGAGCACCUAGCUCCUGGCUUCGGAUCAGCGCAGUGCUGGCCGUGGCAGCCAUUUGGGGAGUGAACCAAUGGAAGGAAGACCUUUCUCUCUGUCUGUCUCUCUCACUGUCUAUAACUACCUGUCAAAUUAAAAAAAAAAAAAAAAAAAAACUUUCUUGAACAACAUGCUAGCAGCAAAAAGCAGCAGCACUGGUGUGGAAGGUUUUCAAAAGGACUUCAGCAUAAAGGAUGCCAUAUGUUCUGUUGCCAGUCCUUGAAACAUGACUAAAGACAGUCAUGCAUGCCCAGCACAGCCUCUGGUUUUUGAAUAUGUCCAGUGAUGAUGACACCACAAGGUGGUGACUCUCUCUUUUUUUUUUUUUUCUUUUAAGGUUUUAUUUAUUUGGGAGGCAGAGUUACAGAGAGGGAAAGACAGAAGGGUCUUCCAUCUGCUGGUUCAUUCCACAAAUGGCCUCAAUGGCCAGAGCUGGGCCAGUCUGCAGCCAGGAGCCAGGAACUUUCCCUGGGCCUCCUACUUGGGUGCAGUGGCCAAGCACUUGGGCUAUCCUCUGUUGUCUUCUAGGCCAUAAGCAGAGAGCUAGACUGGAAGAGGAAUAGCUGGGACAUACACCAGCGCCCAUUUGGGAUGCCAGCACCAUAGGCCUCUGCCUAUGACCACUACCCCACAACGCUGGUCCCCAAGGUGGUAACUUUCAAAGAUUCUGUUUGUCAAGUGACAAAAAGAUUAUGUCUGACCUCUUUACAUUUUCAAAUAAAUAAAUAAAUACACCUAUAGAGUUGAUCUGUAGGCUGUAAGAAGUGUUUAUUGAUAAUGAGGCUCCAGGUGUUGAUUCAUUGACUAAUAGUGAAAUAGCUAAAAAGGGUCUGAAUCAAAGGGUGAUAAAAAUCACGAUGGUAUUGGGUUGUAGAUUUAGACAUUGGGGAAAUCCUGCAAGACAUUGGCAUAGGCAAAGAGUUCUUGGAAAAGACCCCAGAGGCAUAGGCAAUCAAAGCCAAAAUUGACAAAUGGGAUUACAUCAAAUUGAGAAGCUUCUGCACUGCAAAAGAAAGUCAGCAAAAUGAAGAGGUAACCAACAGAAUGGGAGAUACUAUUUGAAAACUAUGUAACUGAUAAGGACUAAUAACUAGAAUAUAUGAAGAGCUCAAGAAACUCAACAACAACAAAACAAACAGCCGAGUGAAGAAAUGGGCAAAGGACUUAAACAGGCACUUUUCAGAAGAGGAAAUCCAAAUGGCCCAGAGAGACAUGAAAAAAAUGCUCAGGAUCACUAGCCAUCAGAGAAAUGCAAAUCAAGACCACAAUGAGGUUUCAUCUCACCUGUUUGAGUGGCUUUCAUACAGAAAUCUACAAACAAAUGCUGGCAAGGAAAAGGUACCCUAAUCCUCUAUUGGUGUGAAUGUAAACUGGUGCAGCUACUGUGGAAGACAGUAUGCAGAUACCUCAAAAAUCUGAAUAUGGACUUAUUAUAUGACCCAGCCAUCCAACUUCUGGGAAUUUACCCAAGGGAAAUGAAAUCAGCACAUGAAAGAGUUAUCUGUACCCCCAUGUUUAUUGCAGCACAAUUCACAAUAGCUAAGAUAUGGAAUCAAUCCGAAUGUCCUUCAACUGAGACUAGAUAGAGAUUAUGGAAUAUGUACACCAUGGAAUACUAAACAGUAUUAAAAAAAAAAUGGAAUCCUGUUUGCAACAAAAUGGAUACAACUGGAAAACAUACUUAAUGAAAUAAGCAAGUCCUAAAAGGACAAAUACCAUAUUUACUUCCUGAUCUGUGGUAACUAAUAGAGCACAUAAAAGGUAAUCUGUAGAAGGCAGAGGAUUAGCCCAGUGAGCCGCGGCGCCGGCACACCGGGUUCUAGUCCCGGUCGGGGCGCCGGAUUCUGUCCCGGUUGCCCCUCUUCUAGGCCAGCUCUCUGCUGUGGCCAGGGAGUGCAGUGGAGGAUAGCCCAAGUCCUUGGGCCCUGCACCCCAUGGGAGACCAGGAGAAGCACCUGGCUCCUGAAAAACAUAAAAAGAAAAAAAAAAAACCUUAAAAAAAAAAGGUAAUCUGUAGAAUUGAAAUUGACACUCAGAUGCGAUGACUUUGAGUACUUACCUCAAUUCUUGAGGAACAGUUUUUUUUUUUCCAUAAUAUUUGUUGAACUCUUUACUUAGUAUAAAGUUAAUCUUAUGUGUAUAAAGUAAAUUGGAAAUAAAUCUUAGCAAAAAA